CACAUUCUCCCUUCUGACAUCCACCUCUCUCUUUCUUUCAUUUUCUCCCUGUUUUCAUUGAAAAUAUGGCUCAAAUUUGUAGGCUUGAACUCCAAACGGAGAUAAAAUCUUCUCCAGACAGGAUAUUCGACAUUUACAAGAACAAGACCAGCCUCAUGCCUAAGAUCAGCCCUGACAAGCUAAAGAGCAUUGAAGUACUCGAGGGAGAUGGAAAGAGUGUGGGCUCUGUCAGGCUCUGGACCUAUGUCAUGGGUGGUGCCGUAAUUGCCAAGGAUAAGAUCGUUGCCAUAGACGAGGAAAAAGGGUCCAUGACGUUCGACCUCAUAGGUGGUGAGGUGACAAAUUAUUACAAGAGUUUCAAGGCCACCAUCGAGGCUACUUCAGAGGCACAUACGAAUUUGGUGAAAUGGAGUCUGGAAUAUGAGAAAGCAAAUGAAACUGUCCCCUCCCCGGAGUCUCAUCUUGCCUUUCUUCUCGAUGUUUCUAAGGAGGUGGAUGCAUACCUUCUCAAGAUAUAAAAAAUAUAAGGCUUAGAGUGUGUUUGAUAGUAAUUUCAAUUAAGGUUUUUAAUUUUAAAAAUAUUUUUUUAAAAAUAAAAAUAAGUAUUUUAUAAAAUUUAGAAAAUAAUUUUAAAAUUUUGAAAAAUUAUUUAUAGUAUUGAAAAAUUGCUUAUAGUGUUUUUUGGAUGAAUACUUGAUAGAUAAAUUUUCUAAAAACACUUCAAAAAAAGAAAUAUUUCGAAUAAAAAUACUGUCAAACACACUCUUAUUUAAUUUCACUUAUAAUACUAGUUUAUAUCAUCGAAUAAAAGCUGAUGAGCUUUUGUGCCUGGGGAUUUAUAUUAUUUGAGCUUUUGUGUCUAUGAAUUUAUGGUAUUUUAAAUGUUAUGGGUUUAGCGUCCCCGCCUCUCUUUAUGGAGGGACCCUUGCUAAAUGGAAUAUGAUUCACAUAAUAUAUUAAAAUUACAUGAUUAUGGCUCAA